GGUUAAGUCUUCCACUUCCUGGGGGUUGGUGUUUAUGGGAAAUGAUCUGUUUCUUUUCCUGUUACCGUUGUUCCAGUUUUCCAAACAAUAACCGUGCAGCCAAACACACAAGCUCGGUUACAAGGGGAUUUUAGCAGUUCUAAACCAUUUCGAUUUAUCCCUCCAGGAGCUGACAGGAUGUCUGUGACCGUGAGUAAGGCCGAUGGAGUCACUGUGUUCACUCUGUCCUCUGACCCCCAAAGCCCCUGGCCUCCCCUGUGCCAGAUCCUCAAGAGCCUUUGCUACAGCCCGAUGUGCUGCUCCGUGUCUUCUCAGCUGAGGAGCAUCCAGGGAAGGUCUCAGUCUGUACUGGGGGCUCUGCAGAUUCUGGUUGGGUUGCUCAACGUUGGCCUUGGAGCCAUCCUCUUCAACAGCCCGUCUUCAUGGCAAAUGUGGUACACCAAGUAUCCUUUUUGGCUCGGAGCCUUGUACAUUCUCUUUGGCAUAAUGUGCAUUGUGUCUGAGAAGUACCCCAGUCCAUGUCUGGUGGUGAUGAACACGAUUGUGAAUCUGGCAGGAAUCGCCUUUGCCAUCACAGGCAUUGUGUUGUACAGCGUGUCAGCGGCAGACGUAUAUUUGUCGCGGGAUUGCAGCCGUGAUUAUGACUAUUAUUCCUGGCGGCAUCACCCUACAACACCGAGCCCGUCUUCUGAGGAGGAGCUCAUAAUAAAGAGAUGCGAGGAGGGAAGAGAAAUUUCCUUGAUGCUCAUGAGAGGCAUCUACGGUGUGGUGAUCGUGUUGACGGCCCUGGAGCUCUGCGUCGUCAUUAGCGCCACCGUGUUGGGGAUCAAGUCUCUGAAAAGAAGAGGAAAGGAGCAGAACCAGAGUGCUGAUGACCUAGAACAGAGCAAACCACUGCUGGAGGAAGCCUAAAUGUCUUUAACCCUGCAUGUUUAUACCACUGACUCGAAGUAUAACGCAGUGCCAGUGAUUUAGACUCAUUCGCAAAGUAUACCCUUCAUAUUCUGGCUCCUUUCUGAGUUGUACACACAUUUCAGUCUCUUUUUAACUGCCUCCAGUCAUCCAGUAAUAUUCUGCAGAACUCCUUGUGUUUGCUUUUAAAAGGGAGCUUCCAUAGGUAUGUGUGGCUUUCUUGGUGUAUUUUUUCUUUUUGUUACUUUAGGGCCUUGAGUCAAGCUCAAAAACUUGAAUAAAGGCGUCGACACUA